AAACUGAAGCAUCUGAAGAUGAAGCAGAUCAACAUGUGUGUGUAGAUCCAGUACACUUACUUGCUAUGGAAAAGUGUGCUCAAGCAUCUGAAGCUCUACAGAAGCUUCAAAAUGAAGUAUUUAGACUUUCAAGAGCAAACAGAGAUCUGAACAAACAAGCAUCCGCUUCCACUGCUACUAAAGAGUGUGAACUGGAUACUGCAAAGGCUCGAACCUGCAUCCUUGAGAGCAGUGUCAAACUUGCUAAACAGGACGAACUAGAGAAGGCUCAGACCAUUGAAUGCUUGAGGUCCGAAUUAUUCUCUACUCAGAAACUUCUUGCGGAGCGGAACCAGGAAAUCGUGCUACUGAAAAAUGAAGCUGAUCGGCUGAUGAACGAACGUGCUAGUAUGGAAAGCAAACUGAAGGCAAGUUUUGCUGAGUUGAACCGAACUGUAAAAGUCGUUCGAGAACUGAAUAAGGGAAAAGCAUAUUUGAAUGAACUUCUCUCCUUGGGGAAACAACAUGGUGAUCUUAUUGGAAUAGGGUACACGGGAAAGGAGGAUCAUCCAGAAUCCUCAACCGGGACUUCAAGUACACAACAUGCUGGCCUUGGAUUUGGGGAAAAACUUGGAAUUGGAGGUGUGAACCUACAUGGGAGACCUUCCAGAAACGUGUUUGACAGGUUUGUAAAAAGCACUAUAAGUAAACCCCUAUCCCCAAAAUCUCCCUUAAAGGUUGAUUCACCUAUGCAGAAAUCUGUUAAUAAAACUCACCAUAACUUUGUUCCUAUCUGUCAUUACUGUGGUGUAACUGGUCACAUAAGACCCAAAUGUUAUAGAAUGCAGCAUGAUCUUUGUACUGGUAAUUUUAAGGGUUGGAAUCAGUCUGGCAUUCCAGUGAAGGUUCAUGCCAGAACCCUCCCAAAUAACCGUGCCAAAACUCAUCAAGUGUGGGUUGCUAAGAAAUCCUUAAACUGUUUUGAUUUUGUUGUGUCUCUCAGGACUUCCUUAAAAGGUAAAUGGUAUCUGGACAGCGGCUGCUCUAGACACAUGACUGGGGAACCUUCUUACUUGAUGAACAUUCAGUCCAGUUCAAAUAGGCAA